GCUAGGUGGUGUUGGCACAGCGCACGCAGAACGCAGAGCGCGUGUACCAGUUUCCGUCGGACUCCGCUCAAUAUGCAACGUGGACGAAGGCUGUGCGACGGGAAAACUUCGUACCUACGAAGUACACAGUGGUCUGUGAGCACCACUUCCAUGAAAAUGACUUCGUGGACUCGGCGAGCUAUACCGACAACAUGACUGGAAAAGUAAUUGAAGUACCCCUCAAACUAAGGCGAUUGAAGCCUUCUGAAAUCCCAAGCAUCUUUCCCAAUUGCCCUGCCUACUUGUCUCGACAAGCAACUAAAGCACGUGAGAGCCCCGAAGAAAAGCGCGCUCGUCUUGAUGUAGAGGCAUUACAGGAAACUAUAAAAUUAUCAGUGCAGUAUAACGAAGCAGAAGAAAAGAAGAAUGCCAUCGCCAGUUUCGGAGACCUAUUGAAAGCAAUAGGUGGUCUCUCUCUUACUGACUUCUGGAGCAAGGUCGUCACUCAAACACAAGUACUUUUUCUCAACUUCCACAACCAAGAAGCGCCAGUUGUGCAUUGUGCGGUGACAGUGUUCUCGGACCUUUCUUUGGCGGUGUAUACCGGUGAAACGAGAUUGGAAAACCUAGGUUCAUCUGUGCUUCCCUCGAGGAUCUCUGACUUCAGAGUGCUUCAGAAAGUUUUGUGCGACGUGGAAGAUGUCAUGAAGGAUUCUUCAAAGAAUGAACUUCAGUUAGAGAUUCUGCUGAAGCGUAAUGUGGCACUCCUGGAGCAACUAUCAUCAUCAGCUCUUCCACAUGAGUGGCAAGUGCAAGUUGUCAAAUUUGUGACACAGCAGCUUCAAGUUCUCCUCACCAAGGCAUCAAUUUACCCAGCCGACUUUCUCGUGGUCUACAGCCUUGUGUACACUAUAUCGCCACAUGCAAGUACAGCAAAACUGAAGCUUCCACAUCCCCAAACAAUAAGGCACAUUUGUGCUUCUUACAAUGCUAGCCCAUCCAGGGAGCAACAAGAUGAUGCUUUCCUCUCAUAUGCAAGGAGGCUGGCGUCAACACUAAAAGACCAUGAGCGCUUUGUCACGCUUAUGAUGGACGAGAUCCACCUGCAGGCAUCCUUUCAAUACAAGGGUGGAUAUGUGACAGGUUCAGCGACAAACAGUGAGAAUGCAGCAAAAAACAGCAUACGUUUUUAUGAUGCAAAGCUUGUUAUCAUCGAACAAGGAUGUUGUGCACAUAGUUCCAGUGGCAAAGAUAGAAGCAAAGCAACUGCAUCAUUUUCUUGAUCUGCUGAUCAGGCAACUAGAAGACAUUGGCAUACGAGUAGUUGCAGUGGUGUCUGAUAACAACUCGAUCAACCGAAAGACAAUGUCGUUUUUUGCCGAUCCUCCCAAGUUGAGCAUUGUUUACAGGCACCCCUCGGACUCAUCAAGGCCCUUGUUUUUCAUCCUGGAUACCGUGCAUAUCCUUAAGUGCAUCCGAAAUAACUGGCUGAACCAACGUAAUUGUGGAAGAUGCAUCUUCUUUCCUGGUUUCGGUUCCCUCACGGAAAAACCAUCUGUACUGACAGCCUCCUUUAAUACGCUAUGCAAGUUGCAUGAGGGAGAAAAAAAUGAGCUUUUGCGGCUUGCUCCAACUUUGUCUUUUAAAGCUCUGAAUCCAUCCAAUCUGGAGCGACAGAAUGUCAAGCUCACACUCAGGAUAUUCAACAGUUCCGCUGUUGCAGCACUAAGGAGCACCAAAGUGGCACUUGAUCAUGCAAAUGGUAAAUUGGAAUUUAUUAACAUUGUUCUGACAUGGUGGAACAUAGUCAAUGUCAAGACACCAUUGAAGGGCCAGCGCCUGAGAGACCCUUU